AUGGGAAAGUCGAAGGAAUUAGCGGAGAAGCUUCAGAAGGAUUUGGACGAGAUGCACCAGUCCAAACGUGCGAUGCUGAACGAGAUGGACCGGCUGCGAGCUCGAGCGGAGGCGGUGGAGAGCUACGGGCACCCACCGCCUACGGCCCCCGAUCACCUCGGACUGGGACGGGUCGCCGCCGGAGUCGAGGUGGACGCCGCUAACAAAGAGCUCGACAGGGUGAAGAAAGAACGAGAUUUUCUCAUGCAGCAGAUCGAUAUAAUUAGAAACGAUUGUAGUAGUAGUAUCCCGAAGGAGAGAUGCAGAUGCUUCUUUCGGCAAAUCGUGGACGCCUGCGUCGGUUGCUUGAAACGAAACGUAGUUCACGGAGACCUGAAGAUGGAGAACGUGAUCGUCGAUCUGGACACGGACAGGAUCAAGCUGGUGGACUUCGGUUUCGCCAAAUUCGUCGACGACCAACCGAUCGCCAGCGCUUUCGGAACCACCGAUCAUUACCUUCCUCCGGAGAUGCUGAAACAGCGAUUCAUGUAUGCCGUUCCGGCGAUGAUCUGGUCGCUCGGAAUCAUGCUGUUCGAAAUGAUCACCGGAGAAGAAGUAGAACGCGGCCGUCGACGUACUUGCAGAUAA